GAGAGAGAGAGAUAGACAGAGAGGGGGGAAGGGAGAACGAGAGCUGACGAACUACGUUGUUUUGAAGUCCUUCAAACAAUCAUUCUUACUCAAAAUAUGGUUUUCGUGCAUUAAUUACUUGGUAUUGUUCCCCUUUUGUGAUUAGAAAUGGAGGCUAUUAAAGCAGAAAUAGCACGGAAGCGUAAACAGCUCUUGGAAAGUAAUGUAAUUCAACCCUCAGAGAAAUAUUUCAGACGAGGGGAUCUUCUGAAGAAAGAGGAAGAAGACUACCAAAAGAAAUAUGGCUGUAGCUCAGUGUCUGAGUUGUCUGAAUCUAAGGCAUCGGGAGAGGGCAGUUCUGAUGUGUCAGGCCCUGACCAAACUGAACUGCCAAGAAGAGAAGUUAUCCGUCGUCUACGAGAAAGAGGUGAACCAAUCUUUUUGUUUGGAGAGAGUGAAGCUGAAGCGUUCCAGCGUCUUCGGAGGGUUGAAAUUUUAGAACCUGAGGUCAACAAGGGUUUCAGAAAUGACUUCCAAGAAGCCAUGGAAAGAGUUGAUCAAGGUUACUUGGAUGAACUUGUACAUGAAGGCACAUCUAAGGGAGAGGUGAAAGUGACAACAGUUGAUGUCACAUGGGAGGACAUUCAUCAGAAUGUUGAUCUAAUUGGGAAGGGAGAUCGAGAUCUAGAUAUGAAAGUCACCCUCCAACUAUUACAGCUUUUACUUCGAUUAUGGGGAGAGCAACUUAACAAUAUUCCUGCAGCAGAAAGAAGAACAACUAAAGUUAAGAUAGCAAGUGCUACUUAUUCUCAAACACAAACCUACCUUAAACCUCUCUUGCGGAAGCUCAGAAGUCGCACAUUACCGGAAGACAUUUCAGAUAGUCUUACAGAGAUAACAAAACAUCUAUUAGAUAGAAACUACUUAAAGGCAAGUGAUGCAUACUUGCAAAUGGCCAUUGGUAAUGCUCCCUGGCCAAUUGGUGUCACCAUGGUUGGUAUUCAUGCUCGUACAGGACGUGAAAAGAUUUUCUCAAAAAAUGUGGCUCAUGUGUUAAAUGAUGAAACUCAGCGAAAAUACAUUCAGGCCUUGAAAAGGCUGAUGACAAAAUGUCAGGAAUUCUUUACUACAGAUCCAUCCAGGUGUGUUGAGUACACACCCAAGAAUGACUGAAAAGUCUUAAAUCUGUCACACAAUUUAUUGAUGUACACUUUUUUCUUUUCUUUCACUUUGUAUAUAUGCUCAUUAUUUUAACAUGUCAAUAAAUAAAUUUCUUAUUAGUUUAACUACUGUAA